GCGCCCAGAGGAGCGACCGACGGAUGCUGCGGGGGCUGACAGGAGGCAAAGAUGGCGGACUUUGAUGACAUGGAUGAUUUCAACGACCACGCGGUGCAAGGGAAACCCAUUAAGGCCUUCAAGAAUGGCCACUUCGACAACCCGAAAGUGCUAUUCGUGCAGCACCAUUGGACUUGGGAUGAGUUCCUGUGUGCAGCUUCUCAGCGUCUGGAGAUGGUCCCUAUGGUCUCAAGAGUGUUUAACGCCGAUGGGGCCGAGAUUGACGACAUAAUGUGCAUUGAGGAGAACGACAUGCUGUUCUUUUCGACAGGGAGGUCCUUUAAGGCCCCAAAUUCAAGAGGGGAAGACUCACAGAACAGCAGCGAUGAGAAGGUUGCCAACGUCGUUGGAGGGUACAAGGUUACAACGCUGCUGGGUCGAGGAGGUUUUGGUGAAGUGCGACUGGGAGUACACCAGCUCACGAACGAUAAAGUGGCGCUCAAGUUCAUUCUGAAAAGCGAAAUGGGGUCGUUGGGAGACGUUGAGCGCACAACAACGGAGAUUCAGUGUCUGACAGCACUGAAUCACCCAAGUAUCAUCAAGCUACUGCGUGUUAUCAACGAACCCAAUCAUAUUGUCCUUGUAUUCGAGCUGUUGGAAGGUGGUGACCUAUUUCACUACAUCAAGCAGUUCCCAGGCGGGUUGUCGGAAGAGGAUGGCGUGGGGCUAUUCUCACAAAUUCUUGGUGGCGUCGGAUACGCCCAUAAUCAACACAUUUGCCACCGUGACCUCAAGCUAGAAAACAUCUUGCUUACUAAUAAAAACGACAUUUCAACAUCCAAGAUCGCAGAUUUCGGUCUAAGCGAUUUUUACAAACCUGGUGCUAUGAUGAAAACGAGCUGCGGGUCCAUUUCGUACCUGGCACCGGAAGUAUUUCGCGGGACUUCCAACGCCGGCCCUCCGCUCGAUGUUUGGAGUCUUGGUGUAAUAUUGUUUGCGAUCGUGUGUGGUCGACUGCCCUUCGAAGGCCCCGAUCUCCAAGGGACCAACCGACCUCGUGAAAAUGUCAUCCGAAAUCGCAUCAUGCGAUGUCAGUUUAAGUUGGAUGCGGAUUUAAGUCCUGCACUGACCGAUCUCGUGAUUCGAAUGCUCAAGCCUGAUCCAAAUGAGCGAGCUACCAUUCCUGAGCUUUUUAGCCACCCUUGGGUGCGUGGCAUUACUGGAUCAUCUGGUUGUCUGCCAACUGCAUUCGCAAGCGCAUCCUUACAAGACAAUGUAGACGACGACGACGAUGAUGACGGGAGCUUUGCCAUCACGUAUACACCUGCAUCUCCUUCCUCAAUUGCAACCAAGACAAAUGGCGAAGACAACGGAACUUCUAGUGGAACACCAACCGGGGGGCGGAUACGCGCUGGACGAAUUAUGGACCACCCACUUCAACAUAAAGAGACAAUAAGAGCGGAGAAACACUCACCGCGCCCAACUGGAUCUGGAAGUGCUGGGAUGAUGAACACACCCAUGCCCAUAGCGUUGAGCCCGAAUCAUCCUGUCACAUUCAAACGGUAUGCUUCGUCGACAGGUAAUACUCGCUCAAGACCUCGCCAAGCUGUUUCAUCCCCCACCAGUGGCUCAAGUAGUAGUGUUUUUAGCAACGGAAGUGACAAAACUCACGCGGAGCGAGCUCCAGCUCAUCCCGGAGACUCUGAUCGAUUGCCAGUAGCACAUCACAAACACCCAAGACGACGAUCCGAUAACGUUGACGAUACGAUAGGCAGGAAGCACCACAGUCACCCAGAACCUUCAGCAGCGAGCGAUUAA